GUGAAGACCUAUAAUAAGCAGUAACUAAUGAGAGGGGCCUUUUGGAGGCCGAGCACCCUGGAGGCCGUAAUCUCUGUCGACCGUUUCAACAUCUGGAUGUGUGCUGUCAGCCUUUACAGCUCUAUUACGAUCGAUAGUGAAAAGAAAUACAACGGUGCCGUCUCUGUCGUGUUCACGAUUUGUACGUGGGCCUACGGUUAACCCGCGCCUCGCGCGAACAUGAUGUUCUUGGUGGGCGGCUUUGAAUUUGGCCCACUGCGCGGGCUGGCGAGCGGUCGAUUGAGAGUAAAUGUAUCCUGUGGACCUGCUCGCUGACCCGUAGGUUACGCGUUUUCGGCCCGUCGACAGCUAACUAGAGCUUACGGGAGAAGAUGCGCUUUCGCCAUGGAUGGCAUGAAGUUCACUACGAGGAAUCGGAUGCAGGAUUCGUUCCUCGUUUGGAAGUUGGGGUUGUCUUGAGAGAUGGAGUUGGCGACGCGCGCUCGAUGGAUGAUGGGACCAGCGGAACUGCUGGUGUCCAAGAUGGCGUGAUUUCCUCUGAGCCAGUGCGCAGGGAUGGGUACCCCCUGGAAGACGAAUCGGCUGAGCAGACGGAAGAAACAUUUGUCACCGAGAGGAAUUGCAGCUCGUACAAUGGUCGUGGCGAAGGGGUGGGCGAUUCAUGCGAGCUAGGUGCUGCAAAUUUUAGCGGUGAUACGGCAGCAUAGGAUGGAGAGGAUGAUGGCGUGGUCGUGUUAAAGUCAAAGGGAUCUUGUUGUACCAGGAGGUGACUUCCCCUGGUUUUUCAUUCUAAAUCUGUCACCUGAUGUUUGCUAUAUUUUUUGUGCACAUGUCUUUGUGUGAAAUUCAGAACAAGCC